AUGAAGAUAUGGAUAUUAUUUUUUUUGUUUUGUAAGAGCGUGUUGAAUUUUAAAUUGAAACAAAAUGUGUCAAAUAUUUAUAUAAUAAAUAGAGAGCCCUUAAAAUAUAUAUCAAAUAAAAGAAAUACUUCAUUAUUGGCACAUACAAAUAAAAAUUUCAGGAAAUUAGGAAGGGAUAGAGCUCAAAGGAGAGCUCUUCUAAGGGCAUUAACAACCAGUUUACUGAGGUAUGGUAAAAUAGUAACGACUGAAGCAAAAGCAAAGGAGACUAGAAGAAAAGUUGAUAGAAUAAUAACAUAUGCUAAAAAGCAUGAUAACAAUAGGCAAUACGCUUAUAGAUUGAUAGCUAAUUAUGUUUAUGAUAGAGAAUUGGCCCUUAACGUAGUUAAACAGGCCCCUGUUAGAUAUAAAGAAAGACAUGGAGGAUACACUAAAAUUAAGCUUUUACCAAAAAGUAGAAAAGGAGACGCAUCAAGAAUGGCUAUGUUGGAACUUCUUUAA